UUUGUUAGGUGCAGUAACAGCAACACUGAGCUCCGUCAGCCGCAUUUCCUCGAGGACGCGAGCAGGCGCCAUGGACGACAGCGGUGCAUCAGAGCCCAUGUUGAAUACGUCUGACGAAGUUGCUGUGGUGAUCGAGGAGAGCCAACAGGAUGGCGACGAUACGGAAUCAGACGCCCUUCCUCUAGAAAUAUUUCGAGAACAGCAGGGAGCGAGAGCAUCCAGACUAACAAGUUCUCCAGGUCGAUAUACGAAUAACGUUAAGACAAACAUGCACCAGGCAGCAGAAGUAGGAGACGUGAACCGUCUCAUACAACUGAUACAAGAGCGACCGGAUCAUCUAAGCCAGCAGGACGAGAACGGGCACGUCCCUCUCCACCUGGCCGCCAGGGGAUUACACCUCAAUUGCUGCCAAGCCCUUCUGUCUGCCGGCCCCAGGGAAGUUAAUGUGAAGGACAAAUUGGGCAACACUCCCCUUCUGUUGGCGGUAACUACCGGCGACGUGUCCUUCAAGAUCGCCGAGCUGCUGGUGCUCAAUGGAGCCUCCGUUAAAACUGCCAACCGGGCCAAGCGAACGGCCCUGCAUCUGGCAGCAGAGAAAGGCAACGACAAAAUUCUGACGCUCCUCGUUGAUAACUGCCUGGAGAGCGUCCAUGCAAAGGAAACCGAGCAGCAAACGCCUCUCCAUCUGGCGGCUCGCUCGGGCCACGUGGCUUCCUGUCAGCUGUUGGUGGGCAAAGGGGCAGACAAGGAAGCCAAAGACACGCGCGGCUACACUGCUCUGCACUGGGCUGCCAAGAUGGGCUUUUCAGAGUGUUGUAGUCAGCUGCUCAAGCUUGGAUCUAAGGUAAACUGUAGUGACAAGGCCGGUAAUACCCCAUUGCACCUGAUAUGCUCUUCGUCAAAGGAAAAACCUGGAUGUGUUGAGGUUUUGUUUAAUUACGGGGCUUCUCCUGCUAUACAGAACAGUAAGGGAGAGACUCCUUUCCACUGUGCGCAGUAUUCGCCCGGUGAAGUAAGGAAAUUAUUCGAAACGCAUCCAGAUAUUGACCUAUUCAUUACUGACAACAAGGGCAAGACUGUUCUCCACUGUGCUGCAGAAAGAAAGAAAAGCAGAAAUGUUGAGUUCAUCCUAGCAAUGGCAAAAUCCCAAAACAUUAACAUGAAGCACUUUGUAAACAUGCCAGACAUUGGAGGUAAGACUGCUUUGUAUGUUGCCAUAGAAGGUGGGGAUUUGGAAUGUUGUAAGUCCCUGGUCAAAGCAGGCGCUGACGGCAACCUGGUGUUGGGAGCUCGAGGCACGUCAUUACACUUAGCUGCUGAGGAGGGUCUCCGCGAGGUCUGCGAAUAUCUGAUCACCAAAGGGAUAAAGACAGACACUCGAAAUAACAGCUUGAUGACCCCUCUUCACCUCGCAGCCAAGAAUGGCCACGCCAACUGCUGUGAAGUUCUGCUGAAGCGAGGUGUUCCAUGGGCUGCCCAGGACGACCAGGGCAUGACUGCCCUCCACCAUGCCGCCAAAGAAGAGCAGGCGGAGUGCUGUCGGGUUAUUGUAGCGCUGCAGCCGUCAGCAGUCACAAGGACAGACAAAGCUGGCCAGACGCCUUUGCACUAUGCAGUCGAGAAGAACUGCUUGGAGUGUUGCCAGGCCCUCGUCACCCCUCGCUCGGAUGUCUGGUGCCAAAGCAAUGGCAAAAGCCCCAUCAAAUAUGCAUAUGAGAAACGCUUUCACCAGAUCUUCGAUUUUCUUCUAAAUACAGAGAAUGUGGAGAGGAAGAAGCGAACCGAAAGAGACAUUGAUUUCCGUGAUCUUCUUGAAGAAUCACUUGAGCACAUAAGCAGUUCCUCCGAAGACAACAUAGCUCACAGACACAUAGCGAGGGCCAUCAUCCACAGCUGUUUCUGGGAGGAGUCCCUCAAAUCCCACGGAACUCCAGGAGACCUGACCCCGCCCGAGAAACAAAAGAAUGGCAACUUGAGACUCCUUGUCAAGCACCUGCCCGAUGUGGCAAAGGUGGCACUGGACAAAUGUAUGGCAACAGAUGGCAGCGUGGAGGGGGCUCACCAGUACAUCGUGCGGUACUUGGAUCAAGAAUAUUUUAUCGGAGUCAACCCCAAAAAGGCCAAGGGCACCUACAUCCCAAGUUGCUCAGGGGAACAGCUGUCGAAGGGUGUGCGCGUGGGGGGCGUGAGUCGAGUGUGGCGGGAGGACCACGUGGUAGCCUUGAUGACUCGCCACGGGCGCCACGGACUCCUUCAGCAUCCUCUAGUGACACGCUGGCUCGACUACAAGUGGCAGUCUUACGUUAGCUACGGUCUCUACGCCCGUAUUGUCCUCGCGUCGGUCCUGGCCUUGCUGCUCACUGUGUUCACUGCUAUUUCGUGGGACUGGAGCUACCUGAAGCAAGAAUACAACUACACACAAGAAAUGGUCUGUGUUUUCGGGAAAGAGAAAAUAGUUGGACCGGAAGUAGAGGAAUUGCUGCGACAAAGGGGCCGUUCUCCUCUCGUCCUCAGUUACGUCAUCGUUGCUUUAAUUGCUGUUUGGGCGGUGCAUGAUUUUUAUAGUUUUGUAAUGCUGAGGGAAAAAUAUUUUACCAAAGAGAACGUUGCCUUCCUUGCAUGUGCAAUUGCAAGUGUGGUUUUCGUCAUGAAUUUCAGUCACUGUUCGCAAAUGACCUACGUCAGAGAGGACGCGCAGUGGGUCGCAGGCCUGAUAGCCAUCUUCCUGGCCUGGCUCCACGUGUUCCUCCUGACGCGGCGGCUGCCCUUCUGCACGCCCUUGCUCUUCCGCCUGAAGCUCUUGAUCCACAUGGCCCUGAAGGUGGCAGUGCCGGUCGUGGCCGUGGGCAGCGGGGUCGUGGCCGCGAAUUGGAUCACCUCCAAGGGCGACCUCGCUUACAACCAGAACUGGUCGUGGAUCUCGAAGGUCGUGUCGCAUCCCACGGUGAGCGUUAGCUUCCUGGUGGUCGUGACGGUCAUCGUGUGCAUUGUCCUGAUGGACGAAGGAAGGAAGAAGGAGAUGGAGAGGUACAAGAAGAGGCGCCGCGUGGCCUUCGUGGAGAUGAUCCUCAACUUCGACCUCCUGUACCCGUGCCUGCGAAGGCGGUUCUACGUGACGUGGAUCCCCCAGAAGCCGCCCGUACGAAGGGACGCGUCGUGUGGGCGGGCCAGCGGGUGCUGCGCGGCCGGCGACCCUCCCGACGACGAUGCGGCGGAGGCGGCGUCGCCGGAGGUGGCGCCAGGGAAGACGGAGGCCCUUGAGGCGAAGCUGGACGCCCUGCGAGGCGCCGUCGAGAAACAGGCGCUCGAGGUCGCUGCGCUCCUGAAGCAGCUGAACAAUUCAGUAGAGAAGCUGGGCCAGCAGAGCGAACUGCGGCGAGGGAGAGCGGACAAGGAGGACUGAUCGGUAGAAUGAAGCGGCGGUCAGUGCUCGCAUGGACAGAUAGACAGACAGAUAGAUACAUUUAGAUAUGUAUAAGUAUAUAUACAUGUAACCACACACACGCAUAUGUGUGUUUGUUUAUGUAUGUGUAUAUAUACAUAUAUAUAUAUAUAUAUAUAUAUAUAUAUAUAUAUAUAUAUA